AUGAGUGACCACCAGAAUGUGUCCACACAGGAAGAAGACCAGCUCUGUUACAUAGACAGAUACGACGUAAACGAGCUAAUCGGAGGCAUAGAGCAAAAUGACAGAGAAGUUCCAUGGAACGAAAGUAACAGCGUAUGCGAGUAUGAAAUACCAUUCCUCCUCUUCAACAGGGAAAGCAAUAGGGAAGACUCGGAAAGAAACUCUUCAAUCAGUUACCUGGACGACGGAGCGUCAACUAUCAUUUCGAAGCAAGAUGAGGACAACGGAACGGAAGAAGAUUCAUUAGAAAAAACAAGAAAAAAACAAACAAGCAAAACGAGAGGAAAAGGGUAUGUAAAUAACGAAAAAAAAACAAAGGAAAAAAUUAACAUUAUUUUUAUACCCAGUGAUGGAAGCGGACUUAACAACUUUGAAGAAAUUCUCUCCAUGAAAAAUGUGAACAGUGAAAAUGUAGAAAAAAAAUUAAACGAAAAAUUUUACCAAAUAUGCUGCAACAGUGUUGCAGAUAUAAACACACACAAUUUGAGUAAAGUAAGGAAAGGAAGUGACAGACAAAGAAGGGGGACCCUCCAUGUAGAACACAUCGAUUAUGGGGACAUUUUUCUCUCCAUAAGAGAUUCUGUGACGAGGAGGGAAAGGAGAAGCAACAGUAACCUUCUGCGGGAUGACUCACGUAGGCAACUUGGCGGAAGGAAGGAGCAGCUCAGGAGGUACACUAAUAUGGAGGAACAUCAACAGGCAUUACUCGGAAAGAGAAAGGUUAAGAACGCAUACAAUUAUCGCUGCAACGGUGGGAACUUCUUCAAAUCGUACAGAAAAAAAGACACCUUUUAUUAUCACCCCAUCGGAGAUCGUGUUAUAGAAAAGGGAGCUAGCCAUUCUCGUAGGAGAAAAGUUGCGGCUCCAUAUAUCCACCACGUAGCAGUUAAUAAGAGGAGGAGUUACGUCCCCCCUGAGGACGGUCGGCAUAUGAUUCGAUAUGAUGAAGUUUCUCUGGAGGAUAGGAAGGUCCUAUCAAACCUUUACAUAAACACGAAUGGGAAAAAACAAAAUGUUAUGUACUCUUCGGGUGAGCAUGAAGAAAAGAAGAGUCCAACUUUCUCAGGAGAGAAGAUCACACAGAACAAAGUCCUCACUCCUUCGGGGAGGAGCCCACUUCGUGCAGAUGCAAUGUCCCCAGAGGGGGAAAUAAGUAGAAACCUACCCCCUGCGGAAGAGGAAGUAUAUCCCUGUGAGGAGCAUAUUGGGGUGGAAGAGCAGUAUUACCUAUCGAGGAGGGACGAUGAAGUGGUACAACAUGAAGGAAGCGCCACUGCCACAGUUGUAGAGAUUACCCAAAGGGACAAACAUCCAGGGGAGGGAGGAACAAAUGAAUUUGCAUUAAAUGUUGUUUCUGACUCUAUGGGUUUUCCCCCGGAGGGGGCAUGCAGCGAGGACGCAGGUGAGGAGGAGAAAAACGAGGGUUUUGCAUGUUGGGGGGAUAGUCAACCAGGUGAGGAGGCAGCAUCGGGAAAUGCACCAGCGGGGAAUGGCACAGACAUGGAAGAAGAGGAGGAUGAAAGAACAGCCCCCCCUAUGCGUGAUCACAAAAUGGAAGCAAAAGAAAACACUGCAGCCAAUGAUGGGAACGCCAAUGAGUUGUGCCAUUGGGGAGGAGAAGUGGAAGGUGCAUGUAGUGAAUCGUUAGUCAGUUUGGGGAGCCUGAGGAAACCGGGAGAGGAUGGAGGAACCCCCUUUUUAUCCAGUAGGGAAGAGAAAGAAUAUUUCGACCUGCUGGUGAGAAGGUAUGAAAAGACGAAAGUGGCUCUAGACGGAAGUGAGGUUUUAUCCAUAAGUGUUAGCGAUGCGCCAGGGGGGGAGGCGUCCGUCGGUUCGGUUGCAAGUGUGGAGGAAAAAAUGGGGGAAUUGGAAUCGAACAGGUUGAAAGUGGUGGACGUGGAAUCGAACAGGUUGGAAGUGGGGGACGUGGAAUCGAACAGGUUGGAAGUGGGGGACGUGGAAUCAAACAGGUUGGAAGUGGGGGAUAUGCAAGUGGUGGAAGAGGAGGAGAAGGUAAAUGAGAACCUUGUGGGGGAGCCCAAGACGGAAGAUCGAGAGAGUCAAAAGGGCGGGGAAGAAGCAGAUGGAGACAACCCAAAUGAAACAGAAGCAGAAGGGGGGGAAGCACCAACAGGGGAAGAACCCCCAACAGGGGAAGAACCCCCAACAGGGGAAGAACCCCCAACAGGGGAGGAACCCCCAAUGGAUGAGACACCCGCUGAUGACACGCCCCAAAUAGGGAGGUACGAGGAGCUGCUCGAGAAUGAUAUGUGCGAUUUGUACAACCUGAAGAUGCACGAUUUAAAGACGCUACAAAAAUGCGAUUUUGGUCUCUCGAAAAAUUUACUAAUAAAGGAUAUUUUUGUGUACCAUAGUAACAUAUUGGGGGAAGACAAUGAUCCAUUGGACGCAGUCGACAUGGAGGAUGCACAGGGGAGAAAUGAUGAACCCAUUGAAGGAGACGAUGGAGAAAUCAAAAGCUUCUUAGCCAAACUGAAGGCAGAUGUGACUAGCCAAAUAAGUUUGAACAAGGAAGACAAUGAGCAGGCCUUCGAUUUGUUGGAUUCUGUGCAUGCGAAUGGUUAUUACGACGAUUGCUAUGGGGGAGAGGAUUUCCCCGUGGGAUCGAAACUGAAUCUGUCCGAUUUGGAUGACGACGUUGGUGGUGGCACAGUGGACGGUGCGGUGGAGGUUCCCCCCGGAGGAGGGUCCCUGUUCGGUACUCCAAGGAAACUGGAGGGAGAGAGGAAGGACACCGAAUGUCAAACCGAAUUUCCCCUGGAUUUUUCAAGGAAUACGAAUAGAACCCCAAGAAAAAAAAGCGUAGAGGUAAUUUUAGUGAAGAAAAGACUAAAGAGGAUGAAAGAGAAGGAUGAUGAGGAGGCAGAAGAAGGACAAAAUAAAUGGGGAAUGAGUCAGACGGAUCCAAAAGAUAGAUCUAGGAGGUAUCCAAAAAGGAACAGAAUCAAGACGUUGCGUUAUUGGAUUGGUGAAAGGGAACUUACCAAGAGGAACCCCCACACAGGGGAAAUUGAUGUUGUCGGAUUUAGCGAAUGUACUAACUUGGGAGAUUUAUCUCCACAUAUUAUUGGUCCAAUAAAAUAUAAGGCUUUGAAUCUGAGGGAUAUGUAUCCUUUGAGUGCAGAUGAUGAAGAAGGUGGACGUCGUCGUGGGAGUGAUUCUAUGGAUGACGCUUCGGGUGACGGACUUGCUGGUUUCCACACGGACGGUCAAGCGGAUGGACGAGUGAAGAUACAUGCAAGUGAUCAUCUGGGGGUAGGUAGAAACAGGAAGAGACGAAGGAGCGAGCAGAAAGAGACACUUAAGGGAGAUGAGGUUGGAGAGGGGGACAGGGAGGAGGAUAAGCAGGACGAGGAGUACUCCGAUCGAGUGGCCACGCAACUACCCAGCAGAAGUGACAACAUUUCCAAGAAAAGGAGGAAAAGGAAAUUCAUCAAUAUUGUUAAUUACAUUAAAAAGAGAAAAAAGAAAAAGUUGGUGAAGAGUGUUGACAAGGCGGAGGGAGAGGAAGCGUUGUUCAGCAAGGAGGACAGGGAACAAAUGGGAAAUGAUGUUGUGGAGGGUGAUGCGGUAGACGGCGGGGACGUUCCUGCGGGGUUUGAAAACAUGGAAGGAAAACACAACCCGGAGGGGAAUGAGGAGAAUCUGUUUUACGAUGAGGAGGCCGCCGAUGUGGAAGUGGACUCAGGUGAGGCGUUGUUAAGUGAAGCAUUACCAGAGAAAGAGGCACCUGUGGAAGAACCACCAGGUGAAGAACUGCCAAUUGGAGAAUUACCAAUUGGAGAAUUACCAAUUGAAGAACUACCAAAUGAAGAAUUAACCAUUGAAGAACUAACCAUUGAAGAACCUCCAGAGGAGUUGCCAGCCGUCGAAGCGGUGAAGGAAGCGAACAGCGACGCCAGCAACGAAACGACCAAGGACUCUGCAAAAAACAUCUCCGAGGAAAGGGAGAAAAUGCAAAAAAAGAAAAAAGAUAAGAAAAAGAAAAAAGAUGAGAGGAAGAAAAUAAAGGAAAGAAGAAUCGAUCAGAUGUAUAAAGAGUUGUCUCUGUUCAAUUUGGACUUUCUGCCCUCCCGCGGGAAGGUGAAGAAGGACGUAACUAAGGGGAGGAAGGAGAAGAAGCAGAAGAAGCAGCAGGGGGAGGUUACGGAGUUAACGCAGGAGGAAACACAGAAGGGGCAGAUAUCGGCAGAGACGCAGGAUGACGCACAAGGUGGCCAAGAUAAGGACGAUGCUCAGACCAGCGAAAACACUGCCUACUAUUCGGAACUAAAUGGACAGAAAGUGGCUACCAUUUUGAGGACAGACGAAGUUGGUAAUACGAACUGUGAGGAGGCCGAUAGGAAGGUUGAAUCGAAGGAGGAGAUUAGUAGUGGUACAGCUGAACAGAUCGAAAAGGAGUUACCUCCAAGUGGUGGUCUGCUUGUGGAGGAGAGUCCGGCUGACAGUGAGGGGAAGACCCUUUUUGGUGAGCAGCAUGAGUACCAUGAACAGAACAAGGAUAACGCGCACGAUGUGAGGAUAGAGGUGGACGUGGAUGACCAGGCCAACAUGAGUGAGAGCGAGGAAAAGACAGACACAAUGAUUUCUGCUAAGGUUGAUGAAGUGGAGGAAUAUGCCAAGCGGUUUAUUCAGUUGUCUGAAAAUGAGACGAAGGAUGUGCCUGCUGCAGGGGAGGAGGGUCAUAGCAGCCUGUGGGAAGCUGUCACCCAAGACGAAUCGAAGGAACCCCCUAUAGAGCAGGACGAAGAAGACGUACCUGUAACAAUUGCACAAAAUGAAGGAGAAAAAUUAAAUCAUAUAGAAGAGGAAGGAAAUGAUGAAGAGAGCAAAUUUGAGAGAAAUGAAAAGAUAAGGAAGAUAGUUCCCAUGGAGGGGAAAACUGAAAAGGCAGAUGUGCAGAAGGACGAAUCACUAAAUGAAGUGCCCUCUAGUAACCGUACAGAUGUUCAUGUGGACGGAGAGGAAAAGAAUGGGGCAACACUACUGUGUGCCAAGUCCAGUAGGAAUUAUAAGACCGUUUUGAAGAAAUCUUUCCGUGUAAAGGUUGUGAAUUUCGAUGUGGAUAGAAGAAAGCAUAGGAGGAGCAAAACUGGGGGGGUACUAAAUCCGAUGUCCAUGAGGAGGAGAGGUAUGAAGGCAGAAAAUGUGGCCAACAGAAUGGGUCAAGUGGUCGAUAGAUUAUACGGAGCGACCUAUAAUUUGCACGAAGUGAAUAUCCCCGAGCUGCUCAGACUUAACAGCUGCAUCAUCACAGCAAGUCCACAUUUCAAGGAGUUUUUUCCCCCGUGCGGAAGUCUGUCCCUCGUCCAGAAGAACCUGUUUAGCGACGUUCAGGCGAACCUCAGCCUGUACAGCGUCCGGAUGACCCCCGGAGAAAAAUACAGCUCAAGCAGCCUCCACCACAACUUGGUGGGGUACGUCGACGUAGGGGAGAGAAUUAAAAUCGUCCUGGGCAGCCAGGAGAGGUGUUUCGAAAGGGGCGACUUUUUUUUCAUUCCUCGGUUUCGCAGUUUCGUGGUGGACAACUGCAGCAGAGAAGAAUGCGUUGUGUAUGUUUGCCCCGUAGGGGGAUCCAUCCCUACGACUGAUUAG